CGUUAUGUUCGUUGCGGCUUGUUUUUCAAUUCACCGGAAAAACUACACCAAAACACCCUUCUUCCAUUUUACAUAAGUAGACCACCAUCCCUUAAAAAAUAAUCAUCAUUCCCAAUUCUGUUGCAGCGAGACGGUUGGAAGUGUGGUUGUUGAUUCUUUCGUUCAGGAGGUUGUUUGUCUUUUGGCAUGGAAAUGGAGAUGGACAUUAAUGACAUUGAUAUGGAUGAAGAAGUCACCGAUCCUACGAAGAUAAAGAUUUUGAAGCAAAUUAAGUCCCUGCAUGGUCUACAGCAUCGUCAUCCUCGAGGGAUCUUCACCGCCCCCUUUUCUUGUCAUGUGAUUGAAAGUAAAAUCAGGGAUGGAACAAUGCUUAUAAUGGGCCAUCCUAUCAUGAAAGCUACAGUCUCUCCAUCUUUGAUCCCGAUUAAAACAUUUUCUGAGUCUGAAAAGUCAAACUUUAAGAAGAUUUUUGAAAAGUCUUCACGUUCUGGUAUGCAUCCAAUGCCAGAUGUCUCAGUGGAUCGUUUUAAGGUUGCUGAUAUAAACAGUAGCCCAGUUGCAACACUUGAUGAUGAAGUUGUUUUGAGAAGGUAUGAAAACUUCAAGAAGUUUGAUUUUGCCGUGGACCAUUCGGAUCAUCUUUUUUCAGCAUACCCUUCUGUAUAUCAGCAGCCAAACUGGCUUAAGAGGAUCAAGCAAGAUCGUAAAAUUCUGGAGGAACACUUGCCUGAUACCAUAUUUGUAAGGGCUUAUGAAUCGAGGAUGGAUCUUUUGAGAGCUGUAAUAAUCGGACUAGAGGGAACUCCUUAUCAAGAUGGUCUCUUUGUCUUUGAUCUGUUGAUUCCAGAGUGUUAUCCUAAUGGUCCACCUCUUGUGCGCUAUCACUCUUGUGGUAUUAAUCCAGUUAUUAAUAACUUUGCUGAUGUUGACUGGAGUGUUUUCAAGAUGUCUGGCAGUAAAGAAACGUUAUGGGGGCCUAGCAUGAAUGUUCUCCACCUUCUGGUCUUCAUACAGCAUCUGAUUUUGCACUCAAAGCCUUACUAUAACAAAUUCAUAUAUGCACAUUAUAAAAACUCUGUGUUCGGAGAAUGGUCAGCCUUAUUAUACAAUGAGAAUACCAUUAUUAAAUCACUCAAAACUAUGGUGAAUACCAUGUACAACCCACCCAAGAACUUUGAGGAUUUGGUAGUUGGGCAUUUUCGCAAGAGUGUAUGUGACAUCCUGAUGGCAUGUGAAGCAUAUAUGGAAGGUCUGCUAGUUGGGUGUCUUGUCACUGAUUACUCUGAGCCCUGCUCAGUCAAGUUCAAGAAUGAUGUGGCUUCAUGCAUCAAGCCCCUUAUAGACGCAUUUAAGAAAAUCGGAGCGAAUGAGGCUCAAGAAUUCCAUUAUCUUAUAGAGGCUUCUAAGAAUAUCAGACCAAAAGAAUCUCAAGGAUUCCAUCAUCUUGUUAACCUUAAGAAGGCCAUCCAUGUCACAGUGAACAAAAAGAGGAAAAUGUUGCAGGACAUAAAAAACUGUGAGUUUCUGCCAUGGAAUAUCUUUGCCCGCAGGGAUGGUGUGGUGACUAAGGUUCUAAUCAAGUGUCCAACGUGGGUCGAAAAAGGGCAACCUUUGUAUGUCUAUGAUGUAGUGAGACCAGAGAACUUGGUGUUUCUAGAAGUAUCAGCUUUUGAAAAGAUUGCGGACGCAAACCAUAUUUUUUCCAUGAAAAAUUUGUUAGUGGACCCGGAUGAUACUGAAACUUCAAGAAGUUUGGAGAGGCCCCAUCGUGAAGAUGUAAAUAAAUGGUAUUAUAACUUCAAGAAGUUUGAGUUUGUAUCGGACCACAUGAAUCAUUUUUUUUCAGCACACAACUGUGCUAUGAACCAACCGCCAAGCGACUGGGCCAACAAGAUACGUGAGGAGUGGAGGAUUCUCGAGGAAAGCUUGCCAGAUACUAUACUUGUCAGGGUUUAUAAAUCGAGGAUGGAUCUCUUAAGAGCUGUUAUUAUUGGACGAGAAGGGACUCCUUAUUAUGGCGGUCUCUUCUUUUUUGAUUUGUGUUUCCCAAGCAACUAUCCCGAUAGUCCACCUCUCGUGCACUAUCACUCUGGUGGUCUUGAUAUCAAUCCAAACCUGUCCAAGUGUGGUAAGGUUCGACUGAGCCUUCCGAAAACAAGCGGCGGCCAGGAGACUAUUUGGGUGUCUGGCACUUCGACUAUGCUCCAACUUCUGACAUCCAUACAGACCCGGAUCUUAAAUGCAGAACCUUUAUUUAAUGAUCUUAAAUAUGCAAUUAUGAGUGGCUCUAAUUAUGGACAAAUCUUAUCGUUACGAUACAACGAGAAUAUAAUUAUAAAAUCACUUAAAACAAUGGUGCAUAUUAUGAACAAACCACCCCAGAACUUUGGGGAAUUUAUUCCUGGGCAUUUUUUCAAACAUGCACCUGAUAUCCGAAGGAUGAUAUUCUACAAGAACAAGUACUCAGUCAUGUACAAGAGAGAUUUAAUUCUCAUUUUCCAGUCUCUUAUGGAUGCCUUAUGGAAGAUGGGGGCACUUAAAAGUCAGUUCCAGUUUCCGGAAGGAACGAAGUUGUCAGAAGUAUUUCGUUUUUUAAUUUGAGCUAUUGGUCGUCAUUGGUGAAAAAUGUCACAAUUUUACUGCUACAUUUCACCUUGGAUGGACAGAUAUUUAAAAGUGUAGGUAGUUUAUUGUAAUCAGGCAAUAUUUUAAAUAAAUAAAAGUAAAUAAGUUAACAUUUGCAA